ACAUAUCGUUUAUAUAAAUACUUAUAUCCCGAAUAAUCUUCCCUUACUUCUCUUGUUUCCACUCUCACCUUCCUACCUAUAUAAAACCCUAUCUACUUCACUCUUCCUCUCAACUCUCUCUUCUUCUCCUUGCUCUGUUCUUUCUUCCCUCUCUCUCUCUAGAAAGCAACUAUGAUAGUGGUUAGAGAAUACGACCCUAGCAGAGACUUAGCCGGUGUGGAGGAUGUAGAACGACGGUGCGAGGUCGGACCAAGCGGCAAGCUUUCUCUCUUCACCGACCUUUUGGGUGACCCGCUUUGUAGGAUCCGACAUUCACCUUCUUUUCUUAUGCUGGUGGCUGAGAUGGGUACGGAGAAGAAGGAGAUAGUGGGCAUGAUUAGAGGUUGCAUUAAAACCGUUACAUGUGGCAUAAAACUCGAUUUAAAUCAUAAAUCCCAAAACGACACCGUUAAACCUCUUUACACUAAACUCGCCUACGUUUUGGGCCUCCGUGUCUCUCCUUCUCAUAGGAGGGAAGGGAUAGGGUUUAAGCUCGUGAAGAUGAUGGAAGAAUGGUUUACGCAAACCGGCGCAGAAUAUUCGUAUAUUGCAACUGAAAACGAUAACCAAGCUUCCAUUAAUCUUUUCACGGGAAAGUGCGGUUACAGCAAGUUCCGUAAACCGUCCAUUUUGGUUAAUCCGGUUUACGCCCACCGGGUUAACGUCUCACGUCAAGUAACCAUCAUCAAACUGGACCCGGUUAACGCAGAAUCUCUGUACCGGCUCCGGUUCAGUACAACAGAGUUUUUCCCGCGGGAUAUUGAUUCGGUGUUGAACAACAAACUGUCUCUCGGAACUUUUGUCGCGGUGCCACGUGGCAGCUGUUAUGGGUCCGGGUCAGGAUCAUGGCCCGGUUCGGCAAAGUUUCUGGAGUAUACACCCGAGUCAUGGGCUGUGUUGAGCGUUUGGAACUGCAAAGACUCGUUUCGGUUGGAGGUUCGUGGCGCGUCGAGGUUGAGACGUGUAGUGGCUACGACGACUCGUGUCGUUGAUAAAACGCUGCCGUUUUUGAAACUUCCUUCGAUACCGUCGGUGUUUAAACCGUUUGGUCUUCACUUUAUGUACGGUAUCGGCGGAGAAGGCCCACGUGCAACAAAGAUGGUGAAGUCAUUGUGUGGUCAUGCACAUAACAUGGCGAAGAAAGGAGGUUGUGGUGUUGUUGCGGCAGAAGUUGCCGGAGCAGAGCCGUUACGGCAAGGGAUACCUCACUGGAAAGCACUAUCGUGUGACGAAGAUCUAUGGUGCAUUAAACGGCUUGGAGAAGAGUAUAGUGACGGUGUUGUUGGUGACUGGACUAAGUCACUACCUGGCACUUCAAUCUUUGUGGAUCCUAGAGAAUUUUAAAGUUAAAACUUAUUACAACCUUCAUGUCAUAUAUAUAUUAGGGGGGUUUCUUGUAAGCUCGUGUUUUGUUCUUUUUCUUGAUGGGUUCAGUUUUAGGAAGUAAUCUUUUUUUCUUCUAAUUAAUCUUUUUUUUGGUGUGGGUGUUAAUAACUUAGUGGUAAGGCAAAAUCUCCUACUUUUGGGGUUUGUGUUUUCUUGUCUGUAAAUGGAACUAGCUUUUUAAGAUACUUUUUCUGUGGCAAUGUUAAUAA